AUGAUUAUUUUUCCCCACUCGGACCUCAUAUCGUUUACCAUUUCUGAGAUCCUCAUAGUGAAGGGUGAAUUUGAAACUGUGGUAGAAAUUAAGAUUAAGAUAGUUGUUAUUAACAUUAGAUUAGGUUGUUACCCGAUACAUUUGAAAAGUACACAAAAUAUUUCCUUAACAGUAUUUUACAGACCGUUCGAAUGGUUGAUAUUGUUUACGAUAUUCGCAAACUGUGUUGCCUUAGCUGUCUUCACCCCUUUUCCUAAUAGCGAUUCGAAUACUACAAACGCAUAUUUGGAAAAGAUCGAGUAUAUCUUUUUAGUGAUAUUCACGAUGGAGUGCUUCAUGAAAAUCCUCGCGUAUGGAUUUUUGAUGCAUCCAGGGGCGUAUCUACGGAAUGGCUGGAAUUUGCUCGACUUCACAAUCGUAGUUAUAGGGUUGAUAAGCGGUGUGUUAACAAAUCUUACCAAGGAUACAUUUGAUGUUAAAGCUCUAAGAGCGUUUAGGGUUCUCCGACCAUUAAGACUUGUUUCCGGCGUACCAAGUUUACAAGUUGUGUUAAACUCAAUUCUCCGUGCCAUGGUGCCUUUAUUACAUAUAGCUCUUUUAGUACUGUUCGUCAUUAUUAUUUACGCCAUUAUUGGGUUAGAGUUAUUUUCUGGAAAGAUGCACAUGACCUGCUAUAACAAUAAGUCAGGACAGUGGAUGGAUAACCCCCAUCCGUGCGGUAGGGACGGGGUUGGAUUCAACUGUUCGCAGUAUGGCGAGGAGAUGAUUUGUAAGGAUGGGUGGAAAGGACCAAACGACGGUAUAACUAAUUUCGAUAAUUUUGGUUUAUCCAUGUUGACUGUGUUCCAAUGUAUUACCUUAGAAGGUUGGACUGACGUACUUUACAAUAUACAAGAUGCAUUAGGCAGAACAUGGCAAUGGUCUUAUUUUGUAUCUAUGGUUAUUUUGGGAGCAUUCUUUGUUAUGAACCUGAUUCUUGGUGUCCUGAGUGGUGAGUUCUCUAAAGAAAGAGAAAAGGCGAAAGCGAGAGGGGACUUCCACAAACUCCGAGAAAAACAGCAACUCGAAGAAGACCUUCGUGGUUAUCUAGACUGGAUAACCCAAGCGGAAGACAUCGAUCCUGAAGGCGAGGAUCGUCAGAACCAAGACAACAGAAAUGUCCAACAGAACGAAAUGGAGUCCACGGACCACAUUGGUGAGGAGGAAGCUCAACAAGAGUCAUGGUUCAAGAAGAAGAAGAAAGAUUUUGAAAGGGUUAACAGGAGGAUGAGAAGAGCUUGUAGGAAGGCUGUCAAAUCCCAAACGUUUUAUUGGUUAAUCAUUGUUUUGGUAUUUCUCAAUACCGGUGUUCUGGCUACUGAACAUUAUAACCAACCUCACUGGUUGGAUGAUUUUCAAGAGUAUACAAACAUGUUUUUUAUCGCCCUGUUUACAAUGGAAAUGUUGUUAAAAAUGUAUAGUCUAGGUUUCCAAGGUUACUUUGUAUCAUUAUUCAAUAGAUUUGAUUGUUUCGUCGUUAUUGGUAGUAUUAUGGAGAUGAUUUUAACGAAUACAAAAGUUAUGCCUCCAUUAGGUAUAUCUGUGUUACGUUGUGUUAGAUUGUUGAGAGUAUUUAAAGUUACAAAGUAUUGGCGAUCACUGUCAAAUUUAGUUGCCUCGUUGUUGAACUCAAUCCAGUCAAUUGCAUCUCUGUUGCUGUUACUUUUUCUGUUUAUUGUUAUAUUUGCACUUCUUGGAAUGCAAGUGUUUGGUGGAAGGUUCAACAAAGAAACUGAAGAAAAGACUAGAAGCAAUUUCGAUACUUUCUGGCAGAGCUUAUUAACAGUAUUUCAGAUACUAACUGGUGAGGAUUGGAAUGCUGUGAUGUAUGAAGGAAUAGCUGCAUAUGGUGGUGUGCAAUCAUUUGGUGUUUUAUCUUGUAUAUAUUUUAUAAUAUUGUUCAUCUGUGGUAAUUAUAUUCUGUUGAAUGUGUUCUUGGCUAUCGCCGUCGACAAUUUGGCGGACGCCGAAUCUCUAACAGCAAUAGAGAAAGAGGAGGAGGAAGAAAACAAAGAGGGAAAAUCAAAAAGUCCAACACCUGGGCAGGAAGAAGAGGGUGAGGAAGAGGAACAUAGCGUUGAAGAAGAAGAUACUGAAGGGCAGUACUCAGAAAGAUCAGAUCGAGAUGAAGAAGCCGAGUCUCAGACAAAGAUCGCACUUGAAGGAGAAUUUGAUGAAGAACAAAACGAAGAUGGAGAUGACGUUGAGACAGGCAACGAAGAUUCAGCGCUUCCGAGACGUAUGUCUCAAGUUAAACAAAACACUCAGACGUUACCAAUUCCUCCAGCCUCAUCUUUCUUCAUAUUUUCUCCUACAAACAGAUUCCGAGUUUUCUGCCAUUGGUUGUGCAAUCACAGUUACUUUGGCAAUAUAAUCCUCGUCUGCAUUAUGGUGUCUUCAGCUCUACUGGCUGUUGAGGACCCUAUAGAUUCAGACUCCGAGACAAAUAAGGUGCUUUCAAAUUUCGACGUUUUCUUUACUAUAGUAUUUUCGAUAGAACUAGUGUUGAAGACUAUUUCCUAUGGAUGCAUUCUCCACGAUGGUGCCUUUUUACGUUCGGCCUUCAACAUGUUGGAUCUGUUGGUUGUCUGCGUUUCAUUAGUGUCUAUAUUUAAUAGCCAAGGGGCUAUGUCUGUGGUAAAAAUACUUCGUGUUCUUCGGGUAUUGCGCCCUUUAAGAGCAAUCAACAGAGCCAAAGGACUCAAGUAUGUAGUGAAAUGCGUGAUAGUGGCCAUUAAGACAAUUGGCAAUAUCAUGCUGGUAACCUACCUACUGCAGUUCAUGUUCGCUGUGAUAGGAGUGCAACUCUUCAAGGGAAAAUUCUCCAAAUGUACCGACCAUUCCAAGUUAACUGCAGAGGAGUGCACCGGAACAUAUUUGGUGUACGUCGAUGGUGAUAUAAACAAGCCAGAACAGAAGAACCGAAACUGGGAGGGUAACAGAUUUCAUUUCGACAACGUAGCAAAGGCUAUGUUGACCCUGUUCACUGUGUCUACCUUUGAAGGUUGGCCAGGUUUACUCUACGUUUCGAUAGACUCAAACGAAGAAAACAAAGGACCAAUUCAUAACUUCCGCCCUAUAGUUGCAGCGUAUUAUAUAAUAUACAUAAUUAUAAUAGCUUUUUUUAUGGUAAACAUAUUCGUCGGUUUCGUGAUCGUUACAUUCCAAAACGAGGGUGAGCAGGAAUAUAAGAACUGCGAACUGGACAAAAACCAAAGGAAUUGCAUCGAGUUCGCCCUUAAAGCCAAACCUAUCAGACGCUACAUACCCAAACACAGGAUACAAUAUAAAGUAUGGUGGUUCGUCACAUCAAAACCAUUCGAAUACGCUAUUUUCACCCUUAUCCUGACGAACACGAUCACGUUAGGGAUGAAGUUCUACCACCAAGAGAAUGAGUUCAAGGUAUAUGAGAGGGUGUUGGAACAGCUCAAUAUGAUUUUCACAGCGGUUUUUGCGAUGGAGUUUGUUUUCAAACUAGCUGCUUUUCGAGUCAAGAACUACUUUGGCGAUGCCUGGAACGUAUUUGACUUCAUUAUAGUCCUGGGAAGCUUUGUGGAUAUUGUAUACCAGGAUGUCAAUCAGCCUGGUUCAAAGUUUCAACUGUCCGGAAACUUUUUUCGCCUGUUUCGUGUGAUGCGGUUGGUGAAACUGUUGAGCAGAGGGGAGGGUAUCAGAACACUACUGUGGACAUUUUUGAAGUCUUUCCAAGCACUGCCGUAUGUUGCUCUUCUCAUAGUAAUGCUGUUCUUUAUCUACGCAGUCAUUGGAAUGCAGAUGUUCGGCAAGAUUGAAUACAACGACCUGGAUUCAGAUUCUUCAAUAACAAGGAAUAAUAACUUCGGGUCGUUCUUCCAAGCUGUCUUGGUCCUGUUCAGAUCAGCAACAGGUGAAGCCUGGCAAGAAAUCAUGAUGGACUGUGCCGAUACGCCAGCAGCAAAAUGUCACAGAAAACUGAAGAAAGAAGAAGGAACCACUUGUGGGUCGGACGUAGCAUACCCAUUUUUUAUUUCAUUCUAUGUACUCUGUUCAUUCCUGAUCAUUAACCUAUUCGUGGCAGUAAUAAUGGACAACUUCGACUAUCUGACAAGGGACUGGUCGAUACUUGGACCACACCACCUGGACGAGUUUAUAAGGCUGUGGAGCGAAUACGACCCUGAUGCAAAGGGAAGGAUCAAACAUUUGGAUGUAGUUACGCUAUUACGGAAAAUAUCGCCGCCUUUGGGAUUCGGCAAGCUGUGCCCACAUAGGGUUGCUUGCAAACGCUUGGUCUCUAUGAAUAUGCCCUUGAACAGCGAUGGAACAGUGCUGUUCAACGCUACCUUAUUUGCCGUUGUACGAACUUCAUUGAGGAUAAAGACCGAAGGAAACAUAGAUGAUGCAAAUGCAGAAUUGAGAGCUGUAAUCAAAAAGAUCUGGAAGAGGACCAGCCCGAAGCUUUUAGACCAAGUCGUUCCUCCGCCAGGUGUGGACGACGAAGUGACGGUAGGAAAGUUUUACGCAACCUUCCUCAUCCAAGACUACUUCAGGCGAUUCAAAAAAAGGAAAGAACAAGAGACCAAAGAAGGGGAUAAGGAAAUCCACAAUACGGUUACUUUACAAGCCGGGCUCAGAACGCUCCACGAGGCUGGACCAGAGCUGAAACGUGCAAUUUCUGGAAACCUUGAUGAACUUAUUGAUGACAAUCCUGAACCAAUGCAUCGUAGGAACCACUCGUUAUUCGGUAGCGUGUGGUCAUCAAUGAGAAAAGGACACACUUUCAAUCGCGCGAAAUCGUUGAAGCUGAACUCGACCCAAAUAAAAAUCACGCCAGCAUCCAGCGUCGACUACCUCCCUUACAACUCGAUCAAGAGCGCAGUAGCAGAAGGGAUGAAUCACAUCACGAAGAAUGUACAAAGCAGGGUGAGUGCGACCUCACUAAAAGAUGAAGAUGGUGUCAAGGAUGAAGAAAUCCCUUUGAGGUCUUUCACGAACUUGCACAAUGGAGAUGAGAAAUCGUACACUGUGAUUGAUAGAGCUGGCUUCCUGCACCCUAGCUAUAAGGCUUGUACCGGUGAGCCCAAUGGUCACGCAGGAGUAGAACGUUUGAGUCAUUCACUGCCAGGUAGCCCAGCGGACAGAAAACCUGCUUCGUUUGAAGUAGUAGGAUCUGCGGAAAGCCUCGUAGGGAGAAUCCUUGCCGAGCAGGGCCUGGGCAAAUACUGCGACCCGGACUUUGUCCGAUAUACUUCCAAGGAGAUGCAGGAAGCUUUGGACAUGACACAAGAAGAGAUGGACCGAGCAGCACAUCAAAUCCUUCAGCAGGAGAAGAGGAAAUAUCCCGGAUAUCCCAACGAUCCUCUCGCCCAGUCGCAUUCAUAGCAACACCUGAACUAUAUUGACCCUUUAGAUCAGGCUAACUAGCUGAAAAUGGACCGGGUUAUAGAAAAAACAUAUAGACGGAGUUCUCAACGGAAGACAUUUUUGAGCGUAAAUGGAAUGGCAACUCACCUAAACAUACAAAAGGACUAAUAAUUUAGCUUUCGUCUGUCCGACCACAGACGGCAGUGGCGGAUCCCGGGGUUGUUUAAAAAAUUGCAUGUUUCUCAAAUUUGUGAUACACAUCCCGCUCUCAUAAUUUAUUAUAAGUACGGCUCUGUCGUAAAAUACGUAUUUAUAGGCUGGCGCUGGCGACGUGAUCGAGGGAUAGGACAGGACCGGCUUCGGUUCGACUGUUCCCGGCUGUAACUCACAAUUUUUAAACAUAUUAGUCAAUCAUUAGGGGAAAUAUGUUUUAGUGGAUUGAUAGAUAAAAACAAAUACAGAGGCUUGAGAGGAAAAUACACUACCUCCUAAGAUAUCGCAAUUUUCCGUAUGCUCUGUACGUAAUUCUUCGUCAAAGCUAUUCAUUUUUUGGUGCCUUUUUUUCAUGUUAAUCUAGUGUACCAAAAACGGCAGCAAUACUUUGAAGUUUUUUCAAGGUAAGCAAAAAAUUAUUUUUCUGAGAGCAGAUGAUGAUAAAAAAAUGUACCCUUAAGAUUCAAGCUGAGUGCCUUUUCAUUCACCCUCAAGAACAUAAUUCCGAUGUAAAUAAUGUCCAUACAUUUUUUCUGAAAUUCUAGAUAUUCUGGUCUAUUUAGAAAUAGGUGGGGUUUUUAGGAUACUUUAAGCACUGACAUGGUCACUUGAUAUAAGGAAGAAGGCUCAGUAACUUUUUAUGGGGUUGGUGUUCAGAUAAUAUUAUUGAGAGAACCCCUUUGUUGUUCAACGUCCAGUAUAAACACAGAAUAAUCAAAUACAUUGAUGUUGAUGUUACCGGCUUAGGAAACAUUGCCUAUUUUUAAAGUGGUACUUGUUGUGAUUCUCCUCAAAAUUAUGAAAAAAGGUGUUGGGAAAAUUUAAUAAAGCGUAAUUUUAUGGAUUUAGUCAUUUUUGGCGAAUUGACCAGUUUAGUCAAUGAGAUCUGAGUAAUCGAGAGAAUUUACUUAGUUAUUAAUAUUCCCUCUUGUAAAUAUGUAUAAUACUGUAAAUAGGUCAAGUUACUGAAUGGUCCUGUCAGAAAUAGUUGUAAGCUAAUAGUCAAAGGUCCGUACGUUUCUGAUAUGAGAGUAACAGAAUGCUAGUGAUUUCCUUUAAACUUAGAUCAUAUAAAAUAAGAAUGCCCAUUUGAUCCGCAUUUCGGGUUGUCCUGAUAGGAACAUACAAAAUUAAAGGUAAGAGCAUCAUACUGUACACGUAAAAACAAUAAAGUGUAUUAGCUUAUCAUUUAAAGACUAUACUACUUAUCGUCCGUCGUCUUACAGCGAACUGAUCAAAAAUAAACACAAAACAAAAUUUUAAGUACGACCCUGCCUACCGCACCAUUUGUUAAGAAAUGAAAAUGCCAUCGAACAUGGAACAUUUGUAUGUAGUCUGCGGAAAUCAAUUUCGCCAAUUUUUGCCUAGGUUAAAAAUCGCUUCAAAAUAAACGAAUCUCAACAUACUCCUCAACGUCUUGUAGAACAAGGUUUUAACUUCAAUUUAGAUACUUGUCGAUCUCAAAAAUUAUAAUUUUGAACAGAGUUUUAUUCAAUUCUUGAUUUACCGAUAAAGGCACAGAGGUAUAAAAGGCAAUGAUGCCAUUUAUCACCAAUAAAAUGAAAAAUCAAGAAUAAACACGAAAAAUAUAUACAUAUACACAAGAUCAAUAAACACCUUUGCAAUCACAAAAAUUUGAAAAGCACAAAAACAAAAUACUGGAAUUCUGAAAAGUCACUGUUGAAGAACUAAUCAAAUUGCAUGCACUUUAGAAAGAACAUUACUUGCGGCCUUUUAUGUUCAGGAUGAUCCAAAAAAACUGAAUAACACUUGUUCGGGUAAAAAAAAAUACAUUUUUUGUAAUAGAUUUAGACAAAAAAUGUUUAAACAAACUUGAUCCGGGCAAUCAGGCGGUAACCUCUUGUUCCACGUUAAACAACGUGAUUAUGGGAAAAAUCGAGAUAGAAAACUUAUUAUUUGAUAAGUUCGGAUUAAUUAUAGCUGUCAAAUACAUUCUCCACAUUUUCGUUAAAAAAUCUUCGACAUCGUCAGCUUACCAAGCAUUUAUAAACUCGCCUGCCACAUUCUGGCAACGUCGCACUGCGCCCAAACGUGUAAAUUAGCGGUGAUAGUUCAGGAGCUCACCGCAAAUUUUCGGGUACAUCGCAUACCAAGAUGAUAUAACAAAAACUAGUCAAAUCCUACGUAUUUUGAUGCUAAAAUACACCGCUUCUCUAUAAUUUUUGGAGCAGUGCAACAU